AUGUUGCGUGUUGUGGUAGAAUCUGCUAAAGGUCUGCCUAAAAGUAAACUUGGAAGUACUCCAGAUCCCGUAGCAUCUAUUAUUUUUAAAGGUAAGGAAGUGCACUUACUUUUUAUUUCCCAACGAUUAUCUUUCUGUAUCUUGAUCCACAACUCUGAUGGGCUACUUUAUUGUAUCUCCAUCACGUUACAGAAAAGGCUGUACAGAAAUGUCAUAAUAACGUGUUCAUUAAUUGAGAAAAAACACAGGUUGUCAGAUGCAGAAUGAUGAUGGUGUAACCUAUUGAUUGGUUGAAUCAGGAUGUAUUCCUUUGAAGUAGGCAAUAACUUUUCAUUGGACCUAAAUUGAUGAGUGUAUCAAUUCAAUAUUACCCGAGUUAUCAUAUUGACUGCAUUGACAUCCACUCUACCCUGUAAAUUAGAAGUUGCUAAGAAUUUAAUGAAUUCUUAGCAACUGUAAAAGGUGACUGAAAUAAGUGAAAAAGUCAACAAUUUUUACUUUCAGAUGAAAAAAAGAAAACCAAAACAAUUGACAGUGAAGUCAACCCAGUUUGGAAUGAAGUAAGUACUUUGUUAUCUGUUCAGACUAUUUGUCCUUGGGAAAGUUGUAUUACCAAAAGAAGACUAGAUACACUUGAAAUAGCUACAACCCUGAUAGUGUGGGUGUGAUAUUGUAGGCGUCUGUAUAAUACUGGCAUUCUCUAAUAGGCUUAAUAAUAUAAUUUGUGUCAUGUGUACCUCAAGGCCUUGGCGGUGGCAGUGCCACUGAUUGAUAAUUAAGAAAUGUCAUGUUUGAUUACAGGUCCUUGAGUUUGAUUUGAAGGGUUCUGUGCUUGAUUCCUCAUCUUACAUUGAUGUGAUUGUGAAAGACUACGAAACUAUUGGAAAAGAUAAGUAAGUGGCCCAGACAUACACUUCAUCCUAACACACCAGCAUUAAUAGGGGUAUUUAGGAGAGCGAGAAACCCAGUUUGCCUCACCUCAUUUAAACAGAGCAGAGACGUCCUCUAAAUGAAGUUGCACAGAGCUGUCUAGUCUGCAGUGUGAUUACAAGAGGUGGCAGGACUUCUUACAAAAUCUCUGACUUAAUCGGUUCAAUGUUGCUGAAGGUGGUCAUUAGAUUAAACCAACCUCCUGCAAAUUAACCCCAAAGGGAAAGAGUCAACUGCAGUAUCGAAACGGUUUCAGAGUUAAAUAACAAGGCUUUUACUGAGAGUAGUGCAAUGGAUUCUAGGGAUAAUGUUCAUGGGAAAGUAAGUUAGCAUAACCACUCUUUCAGGAGACCACAUUGUUGGCUUAAAAUGUAACUCCCACACCCUACUUGCCAUGCUCAGACUUGCAUGCAGUGAGUGGGAGAGGUGAUCCGCCUUAGGCAACAAUAAAUACCUGUUUGUUCUGUUGGGAUGAGUUUAUGGCACUUCUUGACAGGGAAAAUAUUGUAUUCAGUGAGGACGAAGAAGUCGUGAGAACUCAGGCCACUAUAAUAUGUAAAUAAUAAAUAAUAAUAUGCCAUUUAGCAGAUGCUUUUAUCCAAAACGACUUACAGUCAUGUGUGCAUACAUUUUUACGUAUGGGUGGUCCCGGGGAUCGAACCCACUACCCUGGCGUUACAAGCGCCAUGCUCUACCAAUUGAGCUACAGAGGACCACAUUGAGCUACAGAGGACCACAUGUAUAGAGACCAAAGUUUACAUGUUGUGUAUUUUCCAUUCACAGAGGGAAAGACAUAUAUGGUAACAAUCUGGAAACAUAACCACAGAAAAAGUUUCCAAGGUUUUGCAAGUUAAAUGACGUAAAUGUAAAAUGUAAAUGUUAAAAUCGUCAAAGCCUUGUAUGUUAUGAAGGCAACACAUAUACGUUACAGAAUGUCCAGGUUUUAGUGAGAUAAAUUCAGUAAAAUGAUCAUGUCUGUGAAUCUACCUGUCUGUGGUCCUCUGUAGCUCAGUUGGUAGAGCAUGGCGCUUGCUACGCCAGGAUAGUGGGUUUGAUUCCUUGGACCACCCAUACUUAAAAUAUGUGCAUGCAUGACUGUAAGUUGCUUUGGAUAAAAGUGUCUGCUAAGUAUUAUAAUUGUAUGUAUGUAAUGCAGCUUAGCUACAUUCUGCAACUCAGCAUAGUUGAAAUCGGGGGUAUGAUUUUCAAGUUUUGUCAGGUAUAUGCAUGCAUCAGUGCAGGCCAUAUGAUGUGUGUAAAGCUUUCCAUUGAGUUAGCCUAGUCUGACACACUCUGAUGAUGUGGUGGAGUGUAGGGACUCCUCUCUCACAUAGUUUUACAGGGUCUGUUAUGGUACUUUGUAACCCUAGCAACUUCGGAGAGAAACGUUUAACCUUGUGGUUCUGGAUUUAUUAGAUUUGGGCAGGAAUUCCUCAAAUGAUCCCAAAAAAGAUAUGCUAGUUUAACAGAGUCACACAAAUAAGACAUUUUUGUCAAAGAUGCUGACUUUAUGGUUGGUCAAUGUCAUUAUGUGUUGACAUACCUGAAUACUCAUGCUAUGUAACAGGGCAGCAUAAAUUACAUGGCUACGACAAGGAAAUGUCUACUGUGGUUGACAUAGGAAGGCUGCUGGCAAACAUUAUGGUCAGUGGGUGGAAUGACUCCACACUUUGGUAAAAGCAGAUCGGGUUCUGUCGGCACACCUGUCUGCAUUUAAUGACCUGAAAAUGUCAGGCUGACGGACAUACACCAGUUAACAUGGAAUGCAAGGAGGAAGGAAAAUAAUGUUAUGAGAGGCUGACAUUGUAAUCCUAGACAAUAAUUACAUCCCAGAGCGUUUCGCCAUAGUGGUCUGUUACUAACUGCGUUACCCUAGCAACAGACAAGAACCAACAUAUUCUACAGAUGGCAAUGCUCACUGACUCACUAACCCCUCCCUAUUGGCCACAAAUAUUUUUUGGACUGAAGGUAUUGCAGGGAUGAUUGUUUUGUUAAUAUCACAGAAAUGUUACUAUUGUCACAAGGAAAGGGCAGAACAUCCUCUGAAUUAUUAUCCUGCACUCUCCAUAUAAUUCAUGUUUCAGCCUCCCAGAGGUAGAAGAGAUGUCUGAACACUGCCUGGGGAAUGUAAUAUUCCCAAUGAGCAGAGUGACCAGUAGAGAUAAAUUGUAAAGUAAAACAAAUGAGAAAUUACAUUAUUAACACUAGCCACCUGGAUCUGUAUGAACAUUAUUCAUGAUUGGAGGGUAAAGAUUAAAAUCCUUGGAAAAGUUGUAACAUUACAUUUGACAUUUUAGUCAUUUAGCAGACGCUCUUAUCCAGAGCGACAUACAGGCGCAAUUAGGGUUAAGUGCCUUGCUCAAGGGCACAUUGAGAAAAUGUUCACCUAGUCGGCACGGGGAAUCAAACCAGAAACCUUUCAGUUACUAGCUUAACGCUCUUAACCACUAAGCUACCUGCCACCCAACAUCGUUUGUGCAUACAGUACAUAGGUGAUGUGGGAAGGCAAGUUAGAUCAAACUAUCAAACUUCAGAUUGUGCUGGUGGGAGGAGCUAUAGGAGGGCGGGGUUAUUGUAAUGGCUGGAGUGGAAUGAAUGGAAUAGAGUCAAACAUGUGGUUUCCAUUGUUUGAUACCGUUCCACUGAUUCCAGUCCAGUCUUUACAACGAGCCCUUCCUCCUAUAGCUCCUUCCACCAGCCCAAUCUGGAGAGCAAAGCUUACUAGUAAAUAUUUUGAUAUACCUUGAUGAAAUCUCUAUUUGAUUGCUCCUGUGUGAUGCCAGGUUCCUGUUCUUUGUGGGUGUGUUUGACUGGGUGUGUUUGUUAACUUUGGGAGGAGGCCACCCCAAUGCCUUUUCUCAUGGUGACAUCACUGAGCACACAGAAGGCUUUUCCGUCAUCAUCUGCUCACUGCACUCAUGACUAGAUGUAAUCUCUAUUCUUAAAUAAAGAAGUUGUAUUUUAUUUAUUUAACCUUUAUUUAUGCAGGUGAGUCAAUUAAGCACAAAUUCUUAUUUACAAUGAUGGCCUGAGUCAGUAGCCUGAUGUAUCACAAUCUUCAUACUUCCAUAUUUGAUAGCAUCAAAGAUCAUUAUGGUCAGCACUCUCAUUCAGUGCCUAUAGAAAGUCUACACCCCCUUGAACUUCUUUCACAUUUCGUUACGUUACAAACUGGGAUUGAAAUAGAUUUAAUUGAAAUUUUUGUGUCAUUGAGCUACACAAAAUACUCCGUAAUGUCAAAGUGAAAAGAAAAUUCUACACAUUUUUACAAAUUAAUAAAAAUGUAAUAACUAAAAUAUAGUCGUUGCAUAAGUAUUCAGUCCCUUUGUUUAGGAAAGCCUACAUUUUUCAGAUGUAAAAUCUGGCUUAACAAAUCACAUUAUAAGUUACAUGGACUCACUCCGUCUGAAAUAAUAGGGCUUGAUCUGUCCCCCAUACAUACAACAUCUGUAAGGUCCCUCAGUCAAGUAUUGAAUUUCAAGCCCAGAUUCAACUACAAAGACCAGGAAGCUUUUCGAAAGCCUCAUAAAGAAGGACAGUGAUUGGUAGAUGGGUAACAAUAACAAACCUGUCACGCCCUUGCUCUGGGGACUCUAGUAUGUUGAGCCAGGGUGUGAGUUUUCAUGCGUUUUCCAUUCUAGGUUAAGUAUUUCUAUGUUGGCCAGUGUGGUUCUCAAUCAGAGGCAACGAGUGUCAGCUGUUGCUGGUUGUCUCUGAUUGGGAACCACAUUUAGUCAGGCUGUUUUCCCACAGUGGUUGUGGGAUCUUGUUCCAAGUAGGUUGUGUUUGAUCUAAGGACGUCACGUUAUCGUUCGUGUUAGCGUUCAAUAAAUAAGUAUGUUUGCAUUCAACGCUGCGCCUUGGUCCUCUGUUCCCGACGAUCGUGACAAAAUCAGACAUUGAAUAUCUUUAAGCAUGGUCAAGUUAAUAAUUAUACUGUGGAUGAUGUAUUAAACCACCCAGAAACAUCAAAGAUGCAGUCGUCCUUCUGAACUGAGCUGCAGGAGAGGAAGGAAACUGCUUAGGGGCCAUUGGUGAUUUUAAAACAGCUACAGAGUUCAAUGGCUGUGAUGGGAGAAAACUGAGGAUGGAUCAACAACAUUGUAAUGACUCCACCAUAAUGAACUGAAUGACAGAGUGAAAAGAAGAAAAAAUAUAUACUGAAUAAAAAUAUUCUAAAACAUGCAUCCUGUACGCAACAAGACACUAAAGUAAAAGAUCCAGGCUCUGUCGUAGCCGGCCGCGACCGGGAGACCCAUGGGGCGGCGCACAAUUGGCCCAGCGUCAUCCAGGGUAGGGGAGGGAAUGGCCGGCAGGGAUGUAGCUCAGUUGAUAGAGCAUGGCGUUUGCAACGCCAGGGUUGUAGGUUCGAUUCCCACAGGGGGCCAGUAUGGAAAAAAUUAUAAUUUAAAAAAUGUAUGCACUCACUAACUGUAAGUCGCUCUGGAUAAGAGCGUCUGCUAAAUGACUAAAAUGUAAAUGUAAAUGUAAAAGUGCAACAAAAACACAGCAAAGGAAUACACUUCAUGGCCUAAAUGCAAAGCUUUAUGUUUGGGGCAAAUCCAACACAACACAUCACUGAGUAACUAACUGCCUCCUUAUUUUCAAGCAUGGUUGUGGCUGCAUCAUGGUAUUGGUAUGCUUGACAUCGGCAAAGACCUGGGGAGUUUUUCAGGAUGAAAAGAAACGGGAUGGAGCUAAGCACAGGCAAAAUCCUAGAGGAAAACCGGCUUCAGUCUGCUUUACACCAGACAGUUGGAGAGGAAUUCACCUUUCAGCAGGACAAUAACCUACAACACAAGGCCAAAUCUACGCUGGAGAUGCUUACCAAGAUGACAGUGAAUGUUCCUGAAUGGCCAAGUUACAGUUUUGACUUAAAUCUGCUUGAAAAUCUAUGGCAAGGCUUAAAAAUUGCUGUCUAGCAAUGAUCCCCAACACCUUGACAGAGCAUGAAGAAUUUUGAAAAUAAUAAUGGGUGAAUAUAUUGCACAAUACAGGUGUGCAAAGUGCUUAUGAGACUUACCCAAGAAGACUCACUGCUGUAAUCGCUGCCAAAGGUGUUUCUAACAUGUAAUGACUCAGGGGGUGAAUACUUUGUUUCAUUACUCAUUGACAUUAGAGUAUUUUGUGUAGAACAUUGAAAAAUUACAAAUCAAUUUUAAUCCCACUUUGUAACGCAAUAAAAUUUGAAGAAAUCCAAGGGGGGUUUCUAUAGGCACUGUAGUUGAUUCAGUUGGCUAGUGGCCAAAUCGCCGCUCUCAAGAACUCUACUGAUAAGGAUAUUGUUGCAGUUUUUAAUUUAUUACAUGCACUUGAUGUUUAAUCAAAGACACAUUAUCAAAAUGAAUUUCAUACCUCACCUUUGUAUAGUAGGAAUGCUUUAUUUGUUUUUACAGCUAGCCAUAUCUGAAAGUUUACCCUUGUUUUGUAGGUUUCUCGGCUCUGCAAAAAUCUCACUGAAAGACCUUGCAACUGGUCAAGUCAAAUCCUUUCCAUUUAAAGAUCUGGCUCUUGUCAAUGAAAAGGGACAGGCUAUUGGGGUAAGUUGUUCACUAUUUACUAAUGGAGAUUGCCGCUACUCACCAGCUACCAGGGAUAUGGGCAAAAUAAUCAUGAAAUCAGCUGAAAUUGAAACACCUGCAGUCCCCAUUAUCCCAUUGUAAUUCAUUACAUUAUAUUAGUAUUAGCAUAACUACAAUAACCACAUCAGCACCAAAAAUCUCAUGCAAUUUUCCAUUUAGAAUUUUGAUAUCAGCACAUUUUGAUGAGAUGAUUGAUUGAUUCCACCAAUUAUUCACCUUCCAGGCCACGGUGAGCCUUGUUAUUCACUAUAACCCUCCAGCCAAUGCCGCUCCAAACCCAAAUGACCCACAGGCAGGAGAUGCUGCAGGGGAUUCUGGUACGUCAUGUGUUCUCAUAGACUUAGAUAGACAACUCAUCAUUGUAUCGGUCCCAUUAUGGUGCCUGUGAGAGAAUGGGCUGCGCCAUCGAGGCCAUCUCCAUUUUGAGGUAGUCCAUUUUCUUCUUCUAAUACUUCUAUGAGUUGGUAAACAAACUGAUUGUAAAAAAAGAGCUGUCUGGUAUGCUUGCGUUAAUCAUCAAAAUAAGAAAGAAACAUCAGGGAAAGAUUGGCUUGUUACUUUUGCCUAUCAACCAGGAAGUGCCAUUGACAGGGGCAGGAUUAUGAAAGGCCUAUGAGUUUAUUUGGAUACUUGUAUUACUAAAGGCAACAACUAAUCUUUGUGCUGUUGAUUAUACUUUAUAUCUGGUGACUGUGGUUGAGGUUGUGCUAUGUGUGUCUGCAGUGGAAGGUAAAGAGGGGGAUGAGGACUUGACUGAUGCAGGACAGAGUGGCUCUGCAGGGGGAGUCUCCUCCCCUGGUCAGCCUGGGAACCAAAGACUGGUCAAGAAAACCAGGAAAUUGAACCGUCCCCUGGCCAAUAAACCUCAGGACUUUCAGGUGAAUUCUGGCAUAGGGGUUGUAACGUCUAUCUAAUCAAAAGCCAUGAAUUAUGAUUUGACAUUGUUCUGAUUCCCUUUUCUCAUACUCAUGAUCUCUUACCUUCAGAUCCGUGUCAGGAUCAUAGAGGGGCGACAGCUUCCUGGGAAUAACAUCAAACCUGUUGUGAAGGUGAAUGUUUGUGGACAGACUCACAGAACAAGGAUCAAGAGGGGAAACAAUCCCUUCUUUGAUGAGGUAAAAGAAGGCAUAUUAAUUUAACUUAAAUUGACUAAGUCCAUGUGUGCUUAGCAAAUGUUGAAUUAUUGCUUGAGAAAUGACUGCAGUUGAUUUGUCCUGAAGGUUAAUGUGGAUUUGCUUUUUUCAUUAAACCACCCAGAUUCCUUUUUCUCUUUACAGAUGUUCUUUUACAACGUCAACAUGUUACCAUCGGACCUAUUUGAUCAACAUGUCAGCAUUCGGGUAAGUGUGGUCCUCUGUAUCAACAUGUCAGCAUUCGGGUAAGUUGAACUCAACGUUAGUAAUUUGGCACUAACUGAUCUGAACCGUCAGAGACCAUGUAUUGCAUUUCAUUCUCACUCUAAUAAACAGUACUCUCCUUCUGUAGGUGUACGACUCCUUCUCUCUGAGAGCUGACAGUCUCAUGGGGGAGUUCAAGGUACUCCAUCUUUCCCUUCCACUUCUUAUUAAAACAUUGAAGGAUCUGACUUUAUAUUCCAUUACUCUUGACAUAUGCAUUUUAUCAGUCUGAAGUAUUUCCCAUCUUGCUUCCCACAGGUUGAUAUCAGCUUCAUCUAUGAUGAACCAGGUAUAUUUAUGGUGCCUUGCACAGUAUUUGCAUACACUGUGUCUGAUUUCCAUUGGCUCAAUGGAGGUACAUGUUGUGCAUGUGCCUGUCUGUCUCGGUCUGUCUCACAGCUCACUCUGUAAUGAGGAAGUGGCUCCUCCUGAAUGACCCUGAUGAAUCCAGCUCGGGGGCCAGGGGAUACCUCAAAGUCAGCAUGUUCAUCGUUGGGGCGGGAGACGAACCACUGGUACAGUAGUAGUCUGGGUUACCGCUCACAGUUCCUGUUGGCAUGAUUGAUAACUGAACACUAGUCGGGAGCAUCUUCAUGAUCUGGAUGAACCCAUUCCUGUAUUAUGACUUGUCAGAGCUAAAUGAAUCUCCUUGUCAGGUCACAUGUACCUGAAAAUAACGUCUGUCCCUAUCAUAGUGAAGUGUGACAACUGUGCGUGUGUGUGUGGCUUCUGCAGGUAGAGAAGAGGGAUAUUAAUGAUGACCAGGAUGACAUAGAGAGUAACCUGCUGCUGCCAGCAGGGGUCACACUGCGAUGGGUCACCCUGUCUCUCAAAGUGUUCCGGGCCGAGGACAUUCCCCAGAGUACGCCACUCGUAUAUAUAAUGUUCUGUUGCUGCUGUUGUGGUUGACUUGUUCUGUUGCUGCUGUUGUGGUUGACUUGUUCUGUUGCUGAUGUUGUGGUUGACUUGUUAUGCUUCAAGGCUCUUCAGCCUAACUCUCAAGUGCUUUCUCUCUACGCUAAAGAUAGGUGUGAUUCCGAACUAACUAUUCAUUUAGAAGUUUCUAAAUCUGCAUCUCUCAAUUAAGAUUGUUUCAAGAUGCAAGUAAGUACAUCAAAGUUAAAGGAGUUGUUCACUAUUUUACAACGUGAUGUUAGAUGGUUCCUCACCCUGAAAGUAGUCUAUGGGCCAGGAGAAACUGCCAUAGACUACUUACAGGGUGAGGAACCAUCUAACGUCAAGUUGAAAUAGUGAACUACUCCUUUAACCAGUGUGUUUUUCACUAUAGUGGAUGAUGCCUUUGCCCAGUCAUUGAAGGGGAUGUUUGGAGGGGAUGGGGACAAGAAGAAUCUAGUGGACCCUUUUGUCGAGGCUUGCUUCGCUGGCAAAAAGGUAUUCACAUUACUCUCCACCUAAAAUUCGAAUCAAGGGGUGGAUUUGUUUAUUAUGGAAAUAGUUGUGAAGUUGAUAUGUGAAUGUUUAUUGUUGAAGCUGUGCACCAAAGUCAUUGAGAAGGAUGCCAACCCAGAAUGGAACCAAAUGCUGAAUCUUCAGGUCAAGGUAAAAAAAAAAUAUAUAAAAAAAGCACAUCUAAUGCACUGGAUUUCUGCUUUGGUAAAUUGUGAUUCAAAACGAUGAUCCUGCAAAAUCUUUCUGCAGUUCCCCUCCAUGUGUGAACAAAUCAAACUGACCAUCUUUGAUUGGUAAGUCAACAGCAUUCCCUCUACUGAACACUUAUGAUGGACAUAUGUAUCCAUUUAAAUCACUCCAUUUGAGCUCUGGCAGUUUUCUUCCGCCUCACCUCACUUCUUUAUUACAGUAUUCGGAUGCAUACUUCCUCCGUUUUUACACAAAUAAGGGCCAGGAGUUUUUCCUGGUCACAAGGCUCAGAAAAACCUCAGGAAUGUACAUAGUGUGUAUUCAGCCCCCUUAGAGUGCCCCAGUGCUCGCUCCCUGCGACCUGCCUGUAGACGUCUCCAGAGUGUGGUCCAGUCAGUUGUUAUUUGGCCUGGGAGGAACCCGGCAGUGCUAUAGUAUGAGUCAGACAGUCAGUCACUCCCUGUUCCAGGCCGGGAUCCUGUUGGCAGGGAAACACCCCUGUAACCUCUGUCAGUUGCUACAGGGAAAAGUGGGAAUAGUAGGAAAUAGGUGCAAGUCAAAGAUUAGGAAAACAGUCUGUCCCCUAAAUGUGAUGAAAGUGAAGUUCAUUCACAUUGGUGGGUGUCAAUGUCAUGUUGAUAUAGCACCUUUUAUGCAGGGAUCGCCUGACGAGGAAUGACUGUAUUGGCACCAUGUACUUGAAUCUGGCCAAAAUAGCAUCCUCUGGUGGCGAAAUUGAAGGUAUGGUUCUCGUAUUAAUUACAACACACCACACUAUAUUUCUCCCUUUCACGAUGUCUAUAGCUCAAGUAUAUGAUUUCUAUGCUAUUGUCAUCAUAGCUUCUAGUAUAAUGGUGUUAUUUGGUGUAAUUACACUAUGUCCAUUCACUUUGGUUGUUAAAUGAAUGGAUCAACUCUAUUCAUCUCUAUACUCAGUUUUAACUUUCUAAUAUACAGUUCAUCCACUUUUCUUUUUCUCUUGGUAUAGACAAACAUGCGGGAUAUGGCUUCUCUCCAUCACUUGAAGGUUCAAUAGAUGAAUAGAUAUGUGGUGAAUUGUUAAAGUAUCGUCCAGUGCAAAAAUCCAGUAUCACUAACAAGUUGCAAUAUUUUAUACGUCACAUCGGUACAUUCCACUGAUUCUAGCCCAGCAUGACAUUUCAAAUAAUCUAGAAUGGAGGAAUCUAGAAUGGAGUUAAAGGAAUUUAGAAGGGAUCCAAUUUGACCAAUUUGAAUCAUUGACUGUGAUUACUGCAUUGGAUUUACUUUGAGAAUGUGUGACUGCCAUGAGUUGUGCCCGGUCCACUCAUUUCUGUAGCCCUUUGAGUACAAUAGUAGGAUUUUUGAGUGAAGUAAACACACAUAUCAGUUCAAAGUUGACCUUCCUCGGUACUCAAAAGUUUACAGCGAAACAAUUUUGCUUCACCUAACCUUCCCCUUAACCCUUGAUAUUCAGUUAUGGAAUUUUGAUAACAUUUGCAUGCUUUGUUUGUGCUGUCACAGAACUGCCUGCUAUCCUUUUGUUGUCAAAGAUGGAGAGCAAACUCCUUUGCUUCAUUUGCUGCAUGUGUUGCAUUUCUGAGUUGCUGUGUGAGGCUGACAUUCUUUCUGUAACCUAACACUCCAAUGAAAAAUAAAAAACGGCAUAUGACUCCUGUGAGUUUGCCCGGGCAGAUACCCUAACUGUAGUUUUUGUAGAUUUGCUAGCACUGUGUGCUGUGUUCACCAUUCUCCAUCCAAGACAUCAUCUUCUGACAUGCAGAACUAACUCCACAGUAGCUCAUCAUUUAGAGACAUUAGUAAAAAGCAUGAUUUCCUCCACAGGGAAGACUGGGGAGUCUGAGGUGGGUUUCCUGCCAGCCUUUGGGCCUUGCUAUAUCAACCUGUAUGGGAGUCCCAGAGAGUUCACUGGGCUUCCUGACCCCUACGAAGAGCUCAACUAUGGCAAGGUAGGUCCUGCAAGGGAAUUUAAUACUUCUCUCCAUCUCUAAGCUUGGAGAUGUUGACAGUUCUCAACAUUUGUUGACAUUGAAAACGAUCUAUGGUUUUCUUUUUGACAGGGUGAAGGGGUGGCCUAUCGAGGGAGAAUCAUGGUUGAGCUCUCAACUAAACUGGAAGGCAAGGCUGACAAGACUGUAGAUGAAAUCCCUAGUGAUGACAUCUUGGUGGCCCAGGUACUGUGGCCUGUACCCCCAUUACUCUUGAUACAUUUUACUUUACACUUAGCUACAGGUAUACCCUGUUUUGGUGUAGAUGGCCAAAGAAACAAAAUGCAUGCUGCAUCUUUAAAAAAUACAGUUAUUUGAAAUUAUUUGUUAAUCAAUUAAUAUUUUUUCCAUCUAAACUAAACAAACAUUUUGUCUUCUGAUCAGAAAUACCAGCGCAGGAGGAAGUACUGUUUGUGUGCAGUGUUCCACAGUGCCAGCAUGCUCCAGGAGCCUGGGGAACCAAUCCAGUUUGAGGUCAGCAUCGGCAACUAUGGCAACAAACUGGACGCCACCUGUAAACCACUGGCCUCCACUACUCAGUACAGCUGUGCUGUGUUCGAUGGUAAGGGCCCAAGCCGCCUUAGAAACCGAACUCAUCUGGUUUUUGGUACCUCAGCAAGAAUCUUUGAAUUGGACUAAUUCAUUUAUUUUCAACAGGUAACCACUACUAUUACCUGCCUUGGGCUAACACCAAGCCAGUGGUUGUCAUUACAUAAUUCUGGGAGGACAUCAGUCACCGUUUGGAUGCAGUCAACAUCAUUCUGUACAUAGCUGAACGCCUGGUACGAGAUGCAGAUUUAUGCACCAAUUUACCAGUUCGAAUGCCUACAAUGUAUGAAUACAGUGUCAAAUUGUAGUCUAUUGCUCCUUUCAGCAAUCUAACAUCACUGCGAUGAAGAUGGCCAUCUUGGCUAAAGUCCCCGAAAACCGUCUGGCAGAGAUCUGGCUGAGACUGGUAAAUCAGGUGAUCGAGGACCUCGGCAGGUAAAUACUUCCAUGUUUGAUGGAUUUAGUUAGUCAACAUUGGGGUAAUCUGUUGGGUUUCAAAGAUCUAGCAUAAACACAGCAAUGAUGACUCCUAACCCAGCAUGUUUAUCCCAGCAUGCAAUCCCCAUCAUACCAAUGUUUUAAUUUUUUUAUUGUGUAAAUUGUUCAAAGUAAUCAUAGAGUUGUAUGGUUUGUUAAACUUUGAAAUCAAUAUUUUUUGUUCAGCAUACAUUUUAAAGUAAAAACAUCGGAGUAAUACCUUUACUGUGGAAUUGCCCGUAUCUAACCCAAUCCCAACCAGUUUGAAAGUGCCAGACCUGGAGGGCCACUCCAACCUGACCGCACUGGACCUCCAGAUGAAAAAGCUGCGCGACAGCGCCCUGCAGACCAUCAUGGAGGGGGCCAAGAGCAUGAGAGAGGAGGCCACCGAGAUCAAGGAUACCCUGGGGGACAUUGAGGGCUGGCUGGACAAACUGAAGCAGCUCGCUGAGGAGGUAGGUCAGAGUUCAAGUUGUUUGUCUGGUCAUGAUACAUACAUUUGACAAGCUGCUAUCAAUAAUCAAUAAUACCAUUUUGGCUAUAGUCUCUUUUCCCUUUUCAUGUACAAUGCCCUCUAAAUUACCCUUGAAGGUAGAGAUAAAGUUGUGUAUUGUUCUAUUAAAACUGGGGAUGUACAGUAAUUUGCAUGGUGUGUGUCUCUUCAGCCCCAGAACAGCAUGCCUGACGUGAUAAUCUGGAUGCUGAGGGGGGAGAAGAGAGUGGCGUACAGCCGCAUCCCAGCCUAUGAGCUCCUCUACUCCACCUACAGCGAACAGGCCUGUGGACAGUUCUGCGGCAAGACCAGGACUAUCCUCAUGCAGUACCCUAUGGAUAAAAACAAGGGUCUGAAGGUUCCAGUCCAGAUAAGAGUCAAUAUGUGGCUGGGCCUGUCUGCCCACGAGAAAAAGUUCAACACUUUCUCCGAGGGGACGUUCAGUGUGUUUGCUGAAUUGGUAUGUUUCUAUUAAAAUGACUCACUUUUGCCUUUUGAGUGUUGAACUUGAUAUUAAUGGAGAAGAUCGUUGUAUAAUGUAUGUGAAUGGCCAAUGAAAUGACCUGUGUGUUUUCCCCUUUGUCAGUAUGAGAAUCAGGCCUACAUGCUGGGAAAGUGGGGAACUACCGGUCUGGGUUUACGCUACAAAUACUCUGAUGUGACUGGCAAGCUGAAGCUGAAACAGGAGAACUUCAUGCCUCCGCAAGGCUGGGAGUGGGAGGGUGAUUGGUUCAUAGACCCAGAGAAGGGGUAAGAUUCUGUUUGUUUAAAUUUGUAUGUGUUUUUCUACAAUGGUGGAAUUCGUAAUCAGCCCUCUAGAUCACAAUCAAAGGAAAUGGGCUGGUUCUGCCUCACUCUCCCUGGAGAGACCAGUCAUGUUCAGUAGGUAGGGCACACUGUAGUGAAACGUUUUGAAACAGAAAACAAAAAUACUAUUUUCUUAUUGGGCAAGUCUAGGAAGUCCCUCCCUGUUUCAGUCUGUUUUCUUCCCUUUGGUUCCUAAUGAACAUGACCCGGCUAUCAGUUCUCUAGUUAUUAGCAUUUUUCUCUUUCCAUCAACCACCCGUUAGUGAGGAGUGUUGACUGUGUAAUAAUAUGUCUUUCUGUGUGGCUGGACCAGUCUGUUGACAGAGGCAGAUGCGGGACACACUGAGUUCAUGGAUGAAGUCUUCCAGAACGAGACUCGCUUCCCUGGAGGAGAGUGGAAGCCUGCUGCUGAGCCCUACACUGACGUGGUUAGGGAAAACACACACACAGACACACACACACGCACACGUACACACCAUUUAGUGUCUCUACAAAAAUCAUAACGCUGGCGUUGACGCAAUAACAUGAUAUAAAAACAGGAUAAUGAUUUAGUACAAUGAAUGAUUAGAUUCCCCUAUUCAGUUUGGGCUUCCUGUAGCUCUGGCAUGGUAGAAGGUGUUCAGGUUGCUGAGGCGUUGUUGGUUGUGUUUGCAGAACGGGGAGAAGACCCACAACCCAGGGGAGCUAGAGUGUCCUGCAGGCUGGAGCUGGGGGGAUGAGUGGACUGUAGAUGACAACAGGGCUGUGGACGAGAAAGGUCUGCUCUCACACUGAUCUCUACAACACUGCUUGCCCUUGCAGUGGAAAACUUGACUUUAAAUUGGGAUUUCUAAUAUGUCUUGUCCACAUUUACACCUCAUGUGAUCUACUACUGUAAGAAUGACCUGUAGUAUUUUCAAGCAUUGUGUAUACAUUUCUAAUGGGUUUAUUCUGAAUGCAGGCUGGGAGUAUGGAAUCACCAUCCCUCCAGAUGACAAACCCAAGUCUUGGGUGCCAGCAGAGAAGAUGUACCACGUCCACCGACGGAGGAGAGUGAUCAGGCCCAGGAAGAGAACAUCUGCUGCUGGUAAAACCACUGAGGUCAGUGCACUGUGCCAGUAGGGAACAGUUUGUCUUGAUCAUAAUCAAAUGUUGUGGAUGUAAAAUAUUUCCCCUUUUCCCCCAUUUUCAGAAGCGAGACCAAGGAGACCCAGAGGGCUGGGAGUUCUCCUCUCUGAUUGGCUGGAAGUUCCACAGGAAGGAGCGUUCCGCCGACACAAUCCGACGCAGACGCUGGAGGAGGAAGAUGGCCCCUGCCGACCGCCUGGGGGCAUCCGCCAUAUUCAAACUGGAGGGGGCGCUGGUGAGCAACUGGAUAACUCUGGUCCGCGGGGGCUGCAGCUUCUGCUGGUUUUCUUUUCUCCCUGGCAUGAAGACACUAUGUGUUGUCCAACAGUUGUCCGUCCCUGUUGUCGAGUAAGAUGCAUUCUUGAUUAAUUCGGAGGAAUUCUUGAUUGUCUUUGCAGGGGGUUGAUAUAGAAGAGAAAAAGAAAGAGGAGGUUGAUGCCUCCAAGCUCUUUGGUGCCAAUACUCCCACUGUGUCCUGUUCGUUUGACAGUGAGUGCUUUAGUUUUACGUAGUUGGCAUGGAUUUUCUGUCUGUCUGUGAUGCUGGCUUUAACCGUGUAUGUUUUCUUUCUGCAGGCUCGCACGUCUACCACCUCCGCGUCUACGUUUACCAGGCCAGGAACCUUGUUGCCAUGGACAAAGACAGCUUCUCGGGUCUGCACGUCUCCUUGUCAAAAUCAUGUUUUGAUUUGGUGAAAGUUGACACGAUGUGACAUAUUAUGAAAAUGUGGACGUAUUAACUAACACACACAACAUUUGUCUAUCUUGUCCUAGAUCCAUAUGCCCACGUGUCCUUCCUGCACAUGAGUAAAACCACAGAGACCAUAAAGGCUACCCUGAACCCCACGUGGGACCAGACCCUGAUCUUCCAGGAUGUGGAGAUCUACGGGGACCCCCAGAACAUCGCCCACUAUCCCCCCAACGUGGUGCUGGAGUUGUAUGACAAGGACCAAGUGGUGGGUGUGAUCAAAGUCCCUUCAGUCACCGAGGUUAAAGAUGCACUAUGCAAAAAUCGCUCCGCCAUUUCCUGGUUGCUAGAAUUCUACUAGUUGGCCUAAUUUCUGAUUAUGUGACAAAACAAGCAAGUAUAGUGCAGAGAAUCAUUGUACCAUCUAAACCGCUGUGAAAUAUAUUUUCCAUAACCCAAAAUAUUGUUGUUUCAGCUGUUUGAAGCUGGUGUACAAAACCGAAAGUAAAAGACACAAAAACAAAACGUAAGAACGGGAAGCAUAGAAAUAGUGCACAGAGAACAGAUCUACCGCUUCUUAGACUUGCUUUCAACGAGAAUGUGAAUUUGGUCGGGUCGCCCAAAAAGUUACAUAUACUUUUUACCCCCUUUUUCUCCCCAAUUUCGUGAUAUGCAAUUGGUAGUUACAGUCUUGUCCCAUCGCUGCAACUCCCGUACGGACUCGGGAGAGGCAAAUGUCGAGAGACACGCGUCCUCCGAAACACGACCCCGCCAAGCCGCACUGCUUCUUGACACACUGCUCCCUUAACCCGGAAGCCAGCCGCACCAAUGUGUCGGAGGAAACGCCGUACAGCUGGUGACCGUAGUCAGCGUGCAUGAACGCGGCCGCCACAAGGAGUCACUAACCCGGAUGACGCUGGGCCAAUUGUGCGCCGCCUCAAGGGUCUCCCGGUCAUAUUGCAGCUUUAAUAGUUAUCAUUACAGUGCCCUAUUAACUGUGAUUGUCAUCUUGGCUGCAGUUGGUUAACAUGUUGCUCUCUGCCCCAGGGGAAAGAUGAGGUAUUGGGCCGGAGCGUGUGUGUCCCCCUGGUGAAACUGAACCCAGGCCUGGACCAGACCCCCAAACUGCUGUGGUCCCCCAUCACACAGAAGGACCAGCGGGCUGGAGAGGUUCUGGUGGCGGCUGAGCUCAUCCUGAAGGAUAAGGUGCAACACCAGAAGACUAUGUGGAGGAGUAGCGGUAUUAGUUAGUGGGGUAGGCCUAUAGGAAAUGUGUGAUGUGGGUUGUGAAAGCUCUCUCCCUCUGUGUCUCCAGGGUAACGAGAUGGACCUCCCUCUGCUCCCUCCCAAGAGGGCGGAGAAUCUAUACAUGGUGCCUCAGGGGAUACGGCCUGUGGUCCAGCUCAUGGCUAUUGAGGUAAACUACAAUACUUCAGUAAUGUCAUAACUUCCCACAGAAAUGUACUUGCUAUUUCCCACAGUAUGUAUUUUGUUACCCAGUGUGUGUUUGUUUCAGAUUCUGGCCUGGGGGUUGCGCAACAUGAAGCCCUACCAGUUGGCCACUGUGGCCUCCCCUUCCCUUGUGGUAGAGUGUGGAGGGGAGAUGGUCCAGUCUGCUGUCAUCAAGAACAUGAAGAGGAGCCCCAACUUUCCUGGAUCUGUCCUCUUCCUCAAAGUGGUAAGAGCGGCUUGCUUGGGAUCUCACAGGCAUGUGUGUUGUGCUUUUGUUACAUUUUUACACCGUGCCAAUGGGUGGGUGCUUAUAUUUGUCCUGUUUCACACGUGUACAAGUUUGUAUUAUACACGUGUGAAAGGGAAAUGUGUUUUUUUUCAAAUCCCAACUCCCCCUGAGACACCCUCUGAGAGUGGGGUCACGGCCAGGGUAUCCAUUAUCAACGGCAACCCUGGAGCAAUUAGGGUAACUGCCUUGCUCAAGGGCACAUCAACAGAUAUUUAACCUUGUCGGCCCGGGGAUUCAAACUAGCGACCUUUCGGUUACUGGCCCAAAACUCUAACCACUAGGCUAUCUGUGCUACAUUUGUGUAGGCAUCCUCUCAUUCUCUCACUCAGCAGAUCGAUGUCAAAGUUGUCAUAUCUUCAUCCUCAGCUUCUUCCCAAAGAGGAAAUGUACACUCCUCCCAUCGUGCUGAAGGUGAUCGACCACAGGCCAUUUGGCAGGAAGCCAGUGGUUGGACAGUGUACCAUAGACACUCUGGAGGAGUUCCGCUGUGACCCCUACAUCAUCCAAAAGUCAUCCAUGUCAUCCAAAAGUAACUAUUCUCUUCCUCUGACACGCUUACUUAUUACACGUGCAUACAUACCCUGUGGUGAAAUUGAAAUGAUUUCACAACAAAUAUGAGAUAAAAAAAAUUGUCUAUCUGUUUUUGUUAGUGGCUCUGAUGGCUGCUUUUCCUCACGACACCAGAAUUGACAUGGAAGACAGGAGGCCUCUGCUUGAAGCUCAGGUAUACUUUGGCAUUCGAAUAGGAAAUCCCUCUCAAAUUCACCAUAUUUUGUUACACUCUCUUAUGAGUUUAAGAUCUAUUCUAUCUAAUAUAAGAGUCCGAAUUUCAUAGUCGAUACUCUGACUUGCAGUUUGUGUACAGUAUGUCAGCAGCAGUCAACAAAAUGGCCACCACUACUUCUCGUCUUGUAUGUAUGAUGUGUAGUUCAACUCUACAGGCCUGGACAAUGACACUGCAGGGUUGAGGGAGCCUCUCUGAUUCUAUCUAAAGUGAUGAAAUGGCAGAUGCGCAAGGAGUGAUUAUGAGCAGAGUUAAAAUGUGUGAUUCAUCCAAAGAAGUAAACUAAAUGAAAUAUAAUCCAAUUCAACUUUAAACCUGUUUUAAAGUUGAACGUUUGUGAGUUUAAACAAAAAACGGACAUCUCUGUCUGUCCCUAUUCAGAACCGAGCAAAAAAACAACAACAUUGAUAUUGAAACUAUUAUUUUGACUUUGCUUUAUCACAUCUCGCUUACUCGUUUCAAUAUUCCAAAUUUGCAACAGAUAUUACUGAUCAGGGGAACAUCUUAAAUUGUGUAUUAUAAUUUUAAACAUUUAAAGUUAUGUUACUUAAAAUAACAGAACUGCAAAUUAUACCAAAUGAUACCAUUACCAUUGUAAUCAAUGAUCAACUUUCUAGACAAUCUUAGCUCAUGCAUUGACAGUGCAUUCAAUAAUGAUUCAAUCAUGAAAUUGGAUCACAAUCAGGGAUCAUGGCAUCAAACUGUAUAAUCAUUGAAUCAAAUAAAUAUGCCGUUGUUUUCCUCAAUGCCACAAUACAUUUUAUACCAUCUACCAGAUUGAUCAUGCAUGUGAAACAGUUUUAAAUGAUUCCAAUGAUUCCAAUGAUUCACAUGAUUCAUGUGACACUGAUUUACAAAUUCACUAGCUGGGAUGAUAUUCGGAGAAUCUCAAUUGCAUUUCCUUGACUCCUUGCAUCCUCUCUCCUCGCCUCUCACAAAACCCAUUGGAUGAGAAAGUCCAAGGUCCCUCCCUUCUGACAUUCUCCUCCAAUGGGUUUUGAGAACGAGGCGAGGAGAACGGGCGCGAGUAAUCAAGGAAAUGCAAGUAAGAUUCUCCCAUUGACUUGAUACCUUGAUCACUUAUCUUUCCUUGCAUCCCCUUCUUCCUUAAAAGCAUGCAGAGAAGGUGAGAUAUGAAACUUUACGCACAUAUCUCUAUCACAUAAGAAGCACUCUGUGACGUACGUUCUAGAAUGUAAUACUAUCUUCACUUUUUUACAUUAGGAGAAGGAGACAGUUGAUUGGUGGAGUAAAUUCUACGCUUCCAUUGGAGAUCAGGAGAAGUGCCGUCCUUACCUUCAGAAAGGAUAUGACACUUUGAAGGUGAAGUCUUGACGUUUCACACACGAUACACCUGUGCUGCAAACAUCUGAAGUAACUGCGCUAAUUAGUUGGCAUUUUGUUUUUCUUUCCUAGACUCAAAUAUAAUUUUCUACAUCUCUGGUUUCAGGUGUAUGAUAAGGAACUGGAAAAUAUUCCUGAGUUCAAACAACUCACCGAUUUCUGCAGCACCUUCAAACUGCAGAGAGGCAAGAACGAAGAUGGGGAUGAUGAUCCAUCUGUUGUUGGAGAAUUCAAGGUGGAACAGCAGUUUCUCUAUUAUUUCACAGAUUCCAUACACAUUCUCGUACAUACCUCAUAUACAGUGGGGAGAACAAGUAUUUGAUACACUGCCGACUGCCUACUUACAAAGCAUGUAGAGGUCUGUAAUUUUUGUCAUAGGUACACUUCAACUGUGAGAGACGGAAUCUAAAACAAAAAUCCAGAAAAUCACAUUGUAUGAUUUUUAAGUAAUGAAUUUGCAUUUUAUUGCAUGACAUAAGUAUUUGAUCACCUACCAACCAGUAAGAAUUCCGGCUCUCACAUACCUGUUAGUUUUUCUUUAAGAAGCCCUCCUGUUCUCCACUCAUUACCUGUAUUAACUGGACCUGUUUGAACUCGUUACCUGUAUAAAAGACAACUGUCCACACACUCAAUCAAACAGACUCCAAUCUCUCCACAAUGGCCAAGACCAGAGAGCUGUGUAAGGACAUCAGGGAUAAAAUUGUAGACCUACACAAGGCUGGGAUGGACUACAGGACAAUAGGCAAGCAGCUUGGUGAGAAGGCAACAACUGUUGGCGCAAUUAUUAGAAAAUGGAAGAAGUUCAAGAUGACUGUCAAUCACCCUCGGUCUGGGGCUCCAUGCAAGAUCUCACCUCGUGGGGCAUCAAUGAUCAUGAGGAAGGUGAGGGAUUAGCCCAGAACUACACGGCAGGACCUGGUCAAUGACCUGAAGAGAGCUGGGACCACAGUCUAAAAGAAAACCAUUAGUAACACACUACGCCGUCAUGGAUUAAAAUCCUGCAGCGCACGUAAGGUCCCCCUGCUCAAGCCAGCGCAUGUCCAGGCCCGUCUGAAGUUUGCCAAUGACCAUCUGGAUUAUCCAGAGGAGGAAUGGGAGAAGGGCAUGUGGUCUGAUGAGACAAAAAUAGAGCUUUUUGGUCUAAACUCCACUCGCCGUGUUUGGAGGAAGAAGAAGGAUGAGUACAACCCCAAGAACACCAUCCCAACCGUGAAGCAUGGAGGUGGAAACAUCAUUCUUUGGGGAUGCUUUUCUGCAAAGGGGACAGGACGACUGCACCGUAUUGAGGGGAGGAUGGAUGGGGCCAUGUAUCGCGAGAUCUUGGCCAACAACCUCCUUCCCUCAGUAAGAGCAUUGAAGAUGGGUCGUGGCUGGGUCUUCCAGCAUGACAACGACCUAAAACACACAGCCAGGGCAACUAAGGAGUGGCUCCGUAAGAAGCAUCUCAAGGUCCUGGAGUGGCCUAGCCAGUCUCCAGACCUGAACCCAAUAGAAAAUCUUUGGAGGGAGCUGAAAGUCCGUAUUGCCCAGCGACAGCCCCGAAACCUGAAGGAUCUGGAGAAGGUCUGUAUGGAGGAGUGGGCCAAAAUCCCUGCUGCAGUGUGUGCAAACCUGGUCAAGACCUACAGGAAACGUAUGAUCUCUGUAAUUGCAAACAAAGGUUUCUGUACCAAAUAUUAAGUUCUGCUUUGUUUUAGAUUCCGUCUCUCACAGUUGAAGUGUACCUAUGAUAAAAAUUACAGACCUCUACAUGCUUUGUAAGUAGGAAAACCUGCAAAAUCGGCAGUGUAUCAAAUACUUGUUCUCCCCACUGUAUAUGCAUAACCACAUUGGCUCAAAUAGAUGGAAUGCAUCAGUCAUAAAUCAGGCUAUUGCUCCCUUUAUAGUGGUAGAGUUGAGGCAUUGCUACCUGUCAGUGAUGGCUGAUGACUGUGUUUUCAGGGCUCUUUUAAGGUGUACCCUCUAUCAGAUGACCCGGGUGUGGCUCCUCCUCCUCGCCAGUUCCGUGAGCUGCCUGAAAGCGGGCCUCAGGAGUGCCUGGUGAGGAUCUAUGUGAUCAGAGGCAUCGACCUGCAGCCCAAGGACAACAACGGCCAGGUUAGUCCAGCGCCGUGACCUUGGAAUUCCACGUUUCUAUCUGGGAAAAGAUGAUUCUGAGAUAAUUGGCUUUAAAGUUCCGAACCCUCAUUGAUUUGAAUGGUGUGAGCAAUUCUCAUCAUGUAUUCUUUUUAACUUAACAACAUGAAUUGGGGUAUUUAGAGCACCAUAUAGGUGGAGAACAUUAUACAGAAAAAGGUUACAUCAAUAACUCAGUUUGGCAAAAACAUUCAGAUAUAAGUUCAAGUUUUAUUGUCACAUGCACAAGUACAUUGAAAUGCUUAACUUGCAUGCUCUAUAUAACCGUAUAAUUCUAAGCUCUCACAUUGUGCAUUGCCAGGUUGCUGUUCUCUUACUUACUCUACCUUGCAAUCUCUUUGAUGUUGCAACAUGACAUGUUUGUUUUCUAAAUUUGCCUUUCCUUUACAGUGUGAUCCUUAUAUAAAGAUUUCCCUGGGAAAGAAGUCAAUUGAGGACCGAGAUCACUACUUACCAAAUACCACCAACCCUGUGUUUGGAAGGUAAAAUCUCACAUUCAUUUAAAGUGGCAAUAUGUUACUUUUUGGGUCGACCUGACCAAAUUCACAUAGAAAUGUGAGUUAUAGAUAUGUAAUUCUACUUGAAAGCAAGUCUAAGAAGCUGUAGAUAUGUUCUAUGUGCGCUAUUUCUAUGCUUCCCGUUCUUACGUUUUUUUUAUUUUUGCGUCUUUUACUUUCGGCUUUGUACACCAGCUACAAACAGCUGAAACAACAAUAUUUUUGAUUAUGGAAAAUAUAUUUCACAGCGGUUUGCAUGGUACAAUGAUUUUCUACACUAUACUAUAUUAUUAUGUCACAUAAACUGAAAUUAGGCAAACUAUUAGGGUUGUAGCAAACAGGAAAUGGCGUAGCGAUUUCUGCAUAGUACAACUUUAAAUGGACUUACCCUCAAGAUCGAAUGUUAUUCUACACUACCCUUAUACCACAUCUCCCUUUUUGCAGAAUGUUUGAGAUGUCAUGUUUCCUGCCUCAAGACAAAGACCUGAAGAUCUCAGUGUAUGACUAUGAUCUGCUGAGCCGCGAUGAGAAAGUGGGAGAGACAGUGAUUGACCUGGAGAACCGCUUACUGUCACACUUUGGCUCCUACUGUGGCCUGCCUCAGACAUACUGCAUGUGAGGAGACUUGUUCCUGCUGUACAUUUCUAAGUCAUAGUUCACUUAAAAAAUCUUAAGUUUGUCAGACAUUUUCAGAACUCGAAUUUGGUGUUGAUAUGAGUCAUAGUGCCAUGCCAUCUGUUGUGUAGGUCCAGAUAACAACUAUAUGCCUCAAUACUAAAUGAAUGAGAAAGAUAGGCACCAUAAUUUAAUUUAGCCCAUAAUCAUUAUGGGGGACUCUGAUUGAUUGGCUGUGUUGAUCUCCCCGAAACAGCUCUGGAAUCAACCAAUGGCGCGACCAUCUGAAGCCCUCUCAGAUCCUUCAGAACCUGGCCCGCCUCAAAGGCGUCCCUCCACCCAGAACAGAAGAUGAUGGCAAAGCACUGUCAUUCAAUGGGAAUCAGUACACCCUGGCUCAAUUUGGUAAUUCAUAACCAGGUUUUUUUAUGGCGUUUUCAAAAACGUUCAACUUUCAUUUUAGAGGCAUGAGGACAAGGGUAUGUUUUGUGUGACAUGAGUUGGGCCUGUAGUUUUUCUUCCUGACCAGCAAAAAACAAUGGACCCUAUAUAUGAGGUAACUCACGUUUACCAUCUACAUUUAGAGGCCAACAAAGAGAUCCACCAGCACUUGGGUCCUGCCGACGAACGGAUCUCUCUGCAUGUGCUCAGAACACAGGGACUGGUGCCAGAGCAUGUGGAGACCAGGACACUGUUCAGCAGCUUCCAGCCCCAACUCUCUCAGGUCACAGGUCACAUGUUGUCUUCCUCUUUAUCUUCAAUGUCUCCCACUGUCUCCGUAUCUGAGACUAACUGUAUUUUUCACUCACUUUAUAGGGAUGCCUUCAAAUGUGGGUGGAUGUUUUCCCCAAAAACAUGGGCCUUCCCGGACCUCCAUUCGACAUUGUACCACGCAAGGCCAAGAAGUAAGGAGAAUCGCUUCACAAUUUGGUAUUUCAAAGUGAUCUUGUCUAUAAUCGUCUAUUCUAUUAAUGAAUAACAUGUCUCCAUUUAAAGGUAUUUCCUCCGAGUUGUUGUUUGGAACACCACUGAUGUCAUUCUGGACGAAACUAGCAUUACUGGGGAGCGCAUGAGUGAUAUCUACGUCAAAGGGUAUCGGUGUUGAACAAUGUUUAAAAAAAAUUGGAAGAGAUAUUAGGAUCUAAGUAUUACCAUGGCAGCCAUGCAUAUAACACACUUGUGGUUUGUUCAAACAUUUUAAAAACCUAAAUGAAUUAACCAGUCAGUCUGUCGGUCCAGCUGGAUGCCAGGUAUGGAGGAGGACAAGCAGAAGACUGACGUCCACUACAGGUCUCUGGACGGGGACGGCAACUUCAAUUGGAGGUUCGUCUUUGGCUUUGAAUACCUGCCUGCUGAACAGCUGUGUCUGGUGUCCAAGAAGGUGUGUUGAGGCUUGAGAAACAAUUACAAACGGAAUAGUGUAGUAAGACAAGAUUGAGGUACAUUUCUUUGCCAGCAUUUUGUCAGUCUUGCUUAUUAUCUUCAACAGGAGCACUUCUGGAGUCUAGACAAAACAGAAUUCAGAAUACCCCCCAAGUUGAUUGUUCAAAUUUGGGAUAAUGACAAGUUCUCAUUGGAUGAUUACCUGGGUGAGACACUCUAGCACUAUGAAUUACCGUACAAUACUUUUUUCAACCAAUAAUGACCAUAAUUUUGCUUCAGCUGAUCAAAUCAGCUAUUUAACACAUGGUUCUGAGAUGGUCUUCUGGUCAUUGUACAGGCACGGUAGAGCUGGAUCUCCGUAAACUAAUCCCUCCGGCCAAGAUCUCAAAGACGUGCAGUCUGAGUAUGAUGGAGGAGGUGAUGGAUGCCCGGCCAAACAAAUCAGACCUGGCCAAUUCCCUGUUCGCUCAGAAGUCUGUUAGAGGCUGGUGGCCGUGUGUCACUGAGCAGGAUGGGAAGAAAGUCCUUGGUGUGAGUACAGCUAAGAGAGCAUAAAUCAUCCUGGUUUAGCGAUAAUCUUGUAUUCAACCAUGUUUAGUGUCUCUGAAGAAGGUUACUACUUUGCAAAUUAAAGAGCUAUAUGUGAAAUAUUGUAUGGAAUAAAUCUGAAUGAACAUCUGUUAUGUUUAGGGGAAGGUUGAGAUGACUCUGGAAAUCGUGUCUGAGCCGGAAGUGGACGAAAAGCCUGCUGGGAAAGGCAGGGAUGAACCCAACAUGAACCCAAAGCUUGACUUCCCUAAGUAAGGAUUUCCACUCUUCUGUGUAUAUUCACCCUUUAUAGGCCUAACAGAAAUGUUUACCUCCGAUAUAUACCAUAUUAAACUCUGUUUCCUCCUCUCUUCCAACAUCAACAGGCGUCCGGACACAUCCUUCUUCUGGUUCACAAACCCCUGUAAGACCAUGAAGUUCAUUGUGUGGCGCAGAUUCAAGUGGCUGUUCAUUGGACUGAUCCUACUGAUCCUAGUGCUGCUUUUCCUCGGAAUCCUGUUGUACUCUUUACCGGUAAGAACAGGCAGGAGGGGAUAAUGUUCAAUCAAACUGUGUUAAAUCAAAUUCAUAUUAAUGAAAUAACAAACCGACAUAUUGCCUACAUUUUGAUGUGAUUAAUGCUUGCCUAAUUAAACAUUUUCUCUCAUUCCAGAACUACAUUUCAAUGAAAAUUGUGAAGCCAUUCAAAUGAAAACGCCACAUUUUGCUCUUAUGUCAAGAAGAACAGAGACCAAAGUCUUCCAAUAUAUUUUCAACCAAAAAGAUCAUGACUAUUUUUAUGUAUUCUAAACUGUAUUUGUGUAAUAUUUCAAAAAAAAAAAAAAUUGCCCACAGAAUGCAGAAUUGGUAUAUUGUUCAAACCAACUUCUGACAUAAUUAUGUUAUCUUUGCACAAGUUAAUUAGAAUUCCUUGAACUUUAUGCUCUUAAAGUAUUUUUUAUGGAUGCUUUGUAAAGAAAAAUGUUGUGGUCAUAUACACACUGAUUUUUUAAAUAAAUGAUUGUUUUAAGGUCCUAAUGAAUGAUGAUCAGUAGGCCAAUUGCAUUGGUGGUCUUUGUGGUUAUACAGUAUGUACUGAACAAAAAUAUAAACGC